AUGAAGAAUAAUCAAAAUUCAUUGAUGCAAUUAAUCAACUUGGGGGGUGCAGAAAAAGCAACACCUAAGAGUAUUAUGAGAGUGAUGCAAGUUCCAGGACUUACUUUGUACCAUCUCAAGAGCCAUUUACAGAAAUAUAGACUUGGGAAAAGCCAACAGCAUCUGGAAACAUGUUCUGACAACAACAAGGUUUACACAGAAAUUAAGAGGAGUGAUGAUAAUUGUGGCAAGGAAAUUAGUCUUGUGGACCAUAAUCAAAUAACUGAAAACAUGGAGAUAGCUCAUGCUCUUGAAGUGCAAAUGGAAGUAGAGAGAAAACUUUAUGAACAAAUUGAGGUGCAAAAACGUUUGCAACUUUCGAUUGAAGCUCAAGGAAAGUAUUUACAAUUGGUACUAAAGAAGGCACAAGAAACACUUUCAGGAUUCAAUUCUUCUCCAAUUGGUAUAAAAUUCACAAAAGAUGAACUCUCUCAAUUGGUUGCAAUGAUAAACAAUGCUUGUCAAGUUCUCCAAUCUCAGAACUAA